AUGGCGGCGGCGGAAGAGGAAGAGGAGCCGGGCAGCGCCGGGCGCGCCAGGGUAGGCCUCUGCGUUCUAUGCGGUCUACCGGCGGCCGGCAAGUCCACCCUGGCCCGCGCCCUGCGCCGCCAACUGCCGCAGCGCCCAGGCUGGGCCUGCGCCCUCCUCACCUACGACGAGCUGAUCCCGCCGGAAGCCUUCGUCCCCUGCGAGCCGGAAGCGGGGUCAGAGGAGCCGUCCUCAUUGCGGGGCCCGGACGGGGCGAGCGGCGUGAGCGGGAGCCCGGGGAGCUCAGCAGCGGCGGCAUGGGAGCCCGGGCCUUCACCCCUCCGCUGCCUUCCUCCGCAGCUGCCACGCUGGAAGCGGAGCCGGCGGGAGCUGCUGCAGUGCCUGGAGAGCUUCCUGCUGGCGCUGCUCACCGGGGACCCGCUCUCCCGCCCUGCCACCGCCACCCAGCCGGCCUGGGAGCGCUUCCUGGCCUGCUGCCGGCAGCAGGGGCUGCUCUCAGCAGAAAGCCACGCCGGAGCUGGUAACCGGAUACUGGCAGCCGCGUCUGGGCCCCUCUACUUGAUCUUGGACGACAACUUCUAUUACCAGAGCAUGAGAUACGAGGUGUACCAGCUGGCUCGCAAAUAUUCCUUGAGCUUCUGCCAGCUAUUUUUAGAGUGUCCACUUGAAUGCUGCUUGCAGAGAAAUCGUCUCAGAAGCCAGCCCUUACCUGACCAGACAAUAUCUCUGAUGGCAAACAGAAUAGAAAUGCCUGAUCUGAAGAAAAAUGCCUGGGAGCAGAACAGCCUCCUUCUGCAAAGCCUUGGCGGCACUUCAGAGCAUCACUGUGCUACUGGACUGACUGAGCAGAUCAUUAGUUUGCUGGCCACUGCUUUGGAAAACCCACUCAAGCAGAACGAGGAGAGCACUGAGCACAAGGAAGCAGACCGAGCGCUCUGUGCGGCCAGUGCCAUCCACCAGGCAGACCAGGCCUGCAGGCGCAUCAUCUCCCAGGCCAUGAGGGAUGCUAAAGAUAACAAUGUCCUGCCAGGGGAGAUGAAGAGCCUGGCAGAAGAACUCAGCAAGCUCAAAGCAGGACUCCUGGAAGACUUGCGUCAGGGAAGUAACUGGAAAGACCAAGUGUGCCUGGAAAAGCAGCAAUCCAGCCCUGCUGCCUGUGGCAUCUCCUCAUUCCAGCACCAAGCAACCAAAGUAGUCAAUAAAUACAUUUUCAAAUAA